AUGCUAAGCGCAAGCAGCGGUCACACGCCUCCCCGACCAACUUCGUCCGGCGUCAGGAACACAUCUCGAGCCAUCCCUGCACCUGACCCGAUCAUCACUCUUUCUACCUCUCCCAACAACCAUCUCAAGGCACGCUCAGACUCCCACAACGGCGACUCCGUCAACAGUGUGGGUGACGACUUGGACGACGAGCCGGACUACGUGAACGUCGAGCAUCCCGAGCACGAAGAGUCUAACCAAAUCGUACCCCGCGACAAAGCGUCGAGGGUGCUCGGUAUCAGGCAUCGCAGGAGCAUGGAACCUAUCCCUGCUUCGAAUCGCGCGUCUGUCGCGUCCGUCCGUUCUGCUCCUGCGCCAGAUAAUGCGUCGGCGCCCAGCUCCGGGCCCAUUUUGCCGUUGGCGUCUCUCUAUGUCGUCUCUGGCCUGCCCAAGAGCCCGCAUACAUGGACACUCGCCGACCCGGACUCGGUGCUAGGUUUGCAUCACAGCGAGGGGGCGGUGAGCAGAUGGUGGAGGCCCGAAGUGUUGGGCAGCACAGUAAGUCCUGGUGCUGGCGGCGGGAAGAAGAAGCGAAGAGGCAAGUCCGACGACACGAGCACUAUUUUCAGUAGCCAGGGACAUCUCAGCAAGCAGGAUGUUGGAAAGAUGCUCUCCAAGGCACUCAAGUUGUCGUUCCCGCGUGAAGUCGAGAUCAUCGCCUCGACGUUGCAACCCGCAUCUACAGUUCACACCUUCACUUUCACUCUACCUGCGCCGUCGACUCCGCUUGCCCCGUCGGCUUCGACCGAUUUGUUGCGCGCCUCUGUGCUGACAUCGACCACCGACCCGCGCUCCUCCGUGGUCACCUUCCCGUAUCCCUAUGCGGACGAUCCCUUCGGUCGUGCACGCCCUUCCUCGGCGCACAUCGGCCCCUCCAAUUCCCUGUUGUCACCGCACGGCCAUGCUUCGCCAAUUGGCGGUCUUGGUGGAUUAGCAAGCGCGAAGACACCACUCGUCGGUGGUUCAAAUAAUAAUAUCACAUACCACGGUGUUUGUCUAACAGUCUGGUCCCACGCCGACGCCGAACGCACAGCUGCCAUCCGAAAGACUCUGGAGGCGAGCCGGUCGCGAAAGGAAAGCGCCAACAGCUUGGUGCCCUCUCGGGUCAAGAGCAGGACCAGUGUGAGGUCUGACCCGACUCGCCAAGCUAGGAAGAGGGCGAAGUCCCGAGGCCCUUGGGGUGCCGGAACUGAUGCUGAGACAGAUAUGGAUGGGGGAGAGACCGACGCCGACGCCGACGGUAUGGUUAGCGAGAGCGACUUCGAGGUUGCUAGCGCGAUGAGUCAUGGACCCGGUGAGAGCACACUGUUCUUGCCUGGCGACACCGUAUUCUGGCUUCCGUACGCGCUCACCUUGGUGUCGCGGUUCCCUAUCUACGACCUGAUGCGGGAUUACUUGACGCUCUCUUGGGCUCGCUUCUCUAAGGACGUGCAGUCACAUACCUUGCAGAUUAGCAAGGUCCUCUCACACCCUGCGCCUCGACCCGGCGAGCUCAUCCGUCUUGAUGCGUCUUCUGCACCGAGCCAUGGCGCAGGGCAGUCAGAGACGAGCUUAGAGGUCGUCGCUCGUUUCCCGGGAGGAUUGGACUUCGGUCGUGGUCUCGUCGAUGUCAAUUUCACUAUGUGGCCGCUGUUCAAGUGCCUCAAUAUUGACAACAUUCUAACUAUAUGCGAGAUUGCAUUGUCUCCGACGGGUCGUGUCCUCUUUUUCUCGCGUCACCCUGCUAUGCUUGGCAUUGCGGUCAUGACCAUCAAAUACCUGGUUGAGCUCCGCAGUUGGAGUGGCAUCGCUCUCACUGCUGUUCACUCGCGCGACGCAAAGAUCUAUAUCGACGAUCCUGGUCCGUGGAUCAUGGGUCUCGCUACUGAGGCUCGCUAUGCCGUUCGGCCUCCACCUGAGGUUUGCAUUGUUGACCUGGACAUCAACUACCUUAACUGCGCGUCGCCACCCCCUGGCAGCAUUUCAACCAAGCAGCAGCGUGACAAGUACCGUCAGAAGCUUCUUGCUGCCUUUGAGCCCCACUACCACCCCGAUCACUGUGUGCCGAGUGAGUUCAAGGAGGCGUUCCCAGCAGGCCGUUUCCGUCCUGUCUGCAAGAUUCAAGCGAAGCGCGGUGCCGCGUCCACCGCUGUAGCCGAUAUGAUUAAGCCCCCAGAAUGGUGGCAUUCGACACGCGUCAUUCAAGCGUUUGACAGUGUCCUGCAGGACAAGAUGAAGAAACCGUCGCUGCUCAAACGUAUUAGCUCCUUUGGGGCGGUUCGUCCGCCACCGCGCCUGACUCAAGCCGAGCAACACAUUCAGCUCUCCAUUCGCAAGCGGGCGACAGCUUUCGUCGAUGCCCGUGACGAUCUAGAGACUAAGAUCGGACGACUGUCCCGCCGCCUUAACUUCUUGAUGACUGAGUCCGAUCUCUGGCGUGACAAGUUUGUCACCUUUGAGCAGUACGCUGAGAAGCUCAGCACAGAAGCUGGCGAGCUCCGUACCAAAAUUAACAAGGAGCAGAAGGAGACGAAGAGGCUAUCGAGCAUGGUUACAAUGACGGCGGUGGAGAAGACGAAGUUGCAGGCCCAGCUCAAGGAGACGGAAAUGGCCCAUAAAGAAGCUCUAGAAGAACUUGAGCACAUGAAGGGGGCGAUGGAGAGGAUGGAAAUAGAGAGGGCGGAGAUGAUUGCGGAGGUUGAGGCGCAAAUUGAGAGGGCGCUGGCGUCGAUGGCAGUCGACAUGGAUGAGUCUGAGUAUGGCUCUCGUCCGGUCAGCCGCAUGUCGUCCCGUUCCGCUCCGAACAUGCGUCGGAGCGGAUCCCGCUCGAGGCCGCUGCGGUCGUUCAGCACGGACUCGACGCUAGCAGAGUCGUACUCCGUCGGUGCGCUGAGGGAGGAGGGGCUGAGCAAGCAUCCGCACAGGACCAGUACAGUCCCGGAGAUGGACGAGCCCGAGGAAUCGGAUGCGAGGAGCAAGAAGAAAAAGAGGUUUUCUACCAGUCGGGGUGAUCAGGACACCAUGACUGCAGUCGAUGAAGGCAUUAACUUGAAGACUGACAAGAUUGCGCAAAAGGUCAUACAGAUUCAGCGCAAGGCACGUCUACUCGAUUUUGAUCACCAUGUGAUGCUCACGUCGCCCAACAGCUUGAGAAUGCGCUGGCUGCUGAUGCUGCGCGCAAAGUCUCCCUCGAUAGUCGCGGAAGCGACAGCGAUUUUUCGGAGGCCACGCGCCGCUAUCGUCGUCACGGCAGUCGAGCUUCAAGCAGGACCACCGAACACGCGCGGAUAA